CUCGCGUCGCGGGGUAUCUCAGAAUGACCAAGAAUGACGUGAUAUCACGCGUCACGACCGAUACGUUUAGAAAUCGCGUGUCAUCCUGUCAAUUCGCGUCGCACGCGCUCGUCGGGGUGUACAAUUACGUCGUUGCAGCGACGUGAAUUAAUGCAGUGUUUUUCGUUUCGGUGCAAUUAUCGUAUCGUGUCGCGCAGGCAUUUCGCUAGGAAAGGUAGGAAGCGCCGUGCUCACGUGCAGAAGGAAAUAAAACUCGGCUGACGAGGAGAAUUUCGAUGAACGCUUGAUCCGCCGAGGUAUCCAUACACGAGGGGGCACAGAAUAAGAGGCAAACAUGAGUUUACAGUGGACGCUCAUAGCUGGUUUCCUCUACAUCGAGGUCGCAAUCGUUCUCCUCCUGGUGCUGCCAAUUGCCUCGCCGACCAGAUGGCAGAGGCUCUUCAGGUCGCGCUUUUUGCAAAGUAUAAAUAAUCAGGCUUCCAUUUACUUCAUAGUACUGCUGGGUGUCCUAGUUCUCUUUCUGCUGGACGCCAUACGAGAGAUGCACAAGUACACCAAGAGCCUGGAUCACGAGAACCAUCAUCAUCAAUUGAAUCUCGAAAUGCAAGAAAACAUGAGAUUGUUCCGCGCACAGAGGAACUUCUACAUAUCCGGCUUCGCCUUGUUUCUGAGCUUGGUGAUACGCCGUCUUGUUAUCCUGAUAUCCACCCAGGCCACCUUACUCGCGCAAAACGAGGCGGCCAUGCGGCAGGCUCAGUCCGCGACGAGCACAGCCAGAAGUCUGCUGUCCCAGAGAACGGUCGGCGGGGAAAGCGCGCAGAACGAUUCCAACGAGGCGCACGAUAAGGCUGUCUCGGAACUGAAGAAUCAAAUCAAGGAGUUACAGACGAAGAACCAGGAGCUCGAGAACAAUCUGUCUAAAGAGAAGAAGGAUAAGGAAGCGCUAAAAUCGCAGGCGGAGUCACUCACGAAGGAAUACGAUCGUUUGACUAAGGAGCAUGCGAAACUCGCGCAAUCGAGUGGUGAUAAGAAAACCGAUUAAAUAGAUAAACAAGGUUUUCUCGGUUUUCCCUUUUUUUUUAAUCAUUUGCUCACGAUUUCUGAAAUUUGUUACGUUAUGUUACUUGUAUUGCAUAAUUUAAACAUCACACUUCACUCAUUAAACAUGACAUGAGAUAUUAGAAAAAAAUAUUAAUUUUUCAUUACAAGAUUAUAUACAAAUAUUAUCAUAUACUAUUGUGUGGUGGUGUAACGUGCCUCUUAAUACACUGUACAUCCUCUUUUCAAUUUUGUGCAUCACGCGUGUGCCGAAGUUUGUACCCGUCUUAAUUCGUGAUAUUUAGUUUUAUAAACAAAUAACCAUGUAAUUCUAAGAAUUCCAUAAAUUGAAAUUUUCAUUAUAGUUGCUUUGUAUUUCUUUUUGAAAAAGUGGUACAAAUCUUGAUGGCGGGUAUGUUGCCAACUGUUAUUUUAUACUGCACGAGACUAAACUGAUCACUACACGUUCUAUUCGGCAAGUAUUAAUAAUGUAUAAAUAGGAUAUAUAUUUUACAUACAUUUUAGACAAUAUACCUUCAAAUGUACUUCCAAUCUUGCAUUUGCCCCAACAUUUCCUCUCGUUUUAUAUUUACCGAUAAUCUUAUAUAUAUACAAAAAUAUAUAUAUAUUAUAGAAUAUAUAUAUAUAUAUACACAAUCUAUGUGUGCUGUGCUGUUGUAGGCCUUUAUUUGGGUCAUGCACCCUGGGUUAUACUGUAUAUAUUUUAAUCUAUAAAUAGAACUGUAUGGGAACCUCAAAA